CCCUUGUGUAACCGCCCACUAGUUUUCCCACCUACCAUUCUUAGCCUAAAGCAAAUGCAUUAUUACAGAUAGAAGCGACUGCAAAAGUUGACUUGCUCUUUCAUUGCAACUCAUAUCUCUUCUUGCAAAGAACGUCGCUGAAAGGUAAAUCAGAUAGAACUUAGUUGCAAUCUGUUUCAUAAAAGGAAAUCAGUGAUGGCUGAGGUAGUUUUGUCAGCGAUGGUUGAGGGAGUUGUGUCCUUUGGAAUGGAGAAACUCUGGGACCUCCUGAGUCGAGAAUCUGAGCGAUUGCAGGGAGUGCAUGAGCAUGUUGAUGAUCUAGAACGUCAUAUGAGAAAGUUACAGUCAUUGUUGAAAGAUGCAGAUGCCAAGAAACAUAAACACGAAGUUGUGAGAAACUUCGUAGAAGAUGUCAAAGACAUUGUUUACGAUGCUGAAGAUAUAAUUGAAUCCUUUCUUUUGAAAGAAUCUAGUGGUAACGAAAAAGGGAUCAAGCGGCGUGUGAAAGGGCUUUCUUGUUUCUUAGUGGAGCGCCGAGAUAUUUCUAUUGACAUUGAAGGCAUAACUAGGAGAAUGUCUGAGGUUGUUGCGGACAUGCAGAGCUUUGGAAUAAAAGAAAUCAUGAAUGAUGGUCGUUCACUGUCUCUAAAAGAGAGACAAAGGGUGCAGAGGGAGAUCCGACAAACAUUUCCUAAGAGUUCUGAAAAGGGCCUUGUUGGGGUGGAAGAGAGUGUUGAAGAACUGGUUGGUCAUUUGGUGGAGAAUGAUAACAUUCAAGUGGUUUCCAUAUCAGGGAUGGGUGGUAUUGGUAAAACCACGCUGGCGAGACAAGUUUAUCAUCAUGACAUUGUUCGACGUCAUUUUGAUGGAUUCGCAUGGGUAUGUGUUUCAAAAGAGUUUCAACGGAAGGAUAUUUGGCAAAAGAUCUUGCAAGAUCUUAGACCACAUGAUGAGAACAUCAAACAGAUGGAUGAGAAUAAACUCCAGGCAGAGCUCUUUCUAUUGCUGGGAACAUCUAGACAUUUAAUUGUCAUCGAUGAUGUAUGGAAAAAUGAAGACUGGGAUAGAAUAAAGGACGUUUUCCCCCAUGAAAGAGGUUGGAAAAUGAUUCUUACUUCUCGCGAUGAAGGUGUUGGUUUACAUGCAGACCCAACAUGUUUUGCCUUUACACCAACAAUCCUUACUCCCGAGGAAAGUUGGGAGCUAUGUGAGCAGAGAGCAUUAUCUAGAAGAGACAAAACUGAAUUUAGUGUUGAUAAAGAACUGGAAGCUAUGGGUAAAAAAAUGGUUAAAAAUUGUGGAGGGCUACCGUUAGCUGUUAAAGUGCUGGGAGGCUUGUUAGCUAACAAGAAAUAUACGGUUGAAGAGUGGAAAAGAGUAUAUGAAAAUAUUCAAACUCAGAUCAUUCGCUCAGAUGACAACAAACAAGAUUCGGUUUACCGAGUAUUGUAUCUGAGCUAUGAAGAUUUGCCAAUGCAUUUAAAGCAGUGCUUUCUUUGCCUAGCUUAUUUCCCUGAAGAUUACAAGAUACAAGUGGAUAGACUGUAUUAUUUAUGGGCAGCCGAAGGAAUAAUAACGUCAAGCUGCGAUGAACCAACCAUUCAAGAGAGUGGAGAAGAAUACUUGGAAGAGUUAGUAAGGAGAAAUAUGGUUAUCGCUGAGAAGGAGUUUUCGGGUUGGAGAUGGGAAUCUUGUCAAAUGCAUGACAUGAUGAGAGGAGUAUGCUUAUAUGAAGCCAAAAAAGAGAACUUUCUUCAAGUCAUCAAAGCCCCUACUACUUCCACUUCUACUGUCAAUGCUCAUACUCGUAGAUCUCGCAGACUCGUAGUACAUGGUGGUAAUGCACUUAAUAUGCUGGGAUGUAAAAGCAACAAAAAGGCUAGAUCUGUUUUGGGUUUUGAACCCGACAGCAACUUGUUGGAGCAGUCAGUUCAAGGAUUCCAAAAUUUACAAUUACUUAGGGUGUUAGAUCUGAGUGAAGCCAAGUUUGGAGUGAGAAUACCUUCUAGCAUUGAAAAGCUCAUUCAUUUGAGAUUUUUGAGCUUAUACAUGACUAACAUAAGUCAUCUACCUUCUUCUCUACGGAAUCUGAAGCUUCUACUAUAUUUGAAAUUAUACUCCAUGGAGAUAGUUCAUGUGCCAAAUAUCUUUAAAGAGAUGGUAGAGUUGAGGUACCUGUGGCUACCCGAUUCUAUGGAUGAUAAAACAAAGUUGGAAUUGAGUAAUCUUGUGAACCUGGAGUCUUUGUGGGGGUUCGAUUCGAGAAAUUGUAGCAUCAGAGACCUCCGUAGUAUGACUAGGCUCAGGACUCUCGGCGUAUUUGUCAGAGGCAAGUAUGCUUCUGAAAAUCUAGCGUCAUCUCUCCGUGAAUUAAGAAACCUAGAGACGCUUAGGUUGACCUCCUUCAACCAAUCCGAUGAGGCUUGUGAAGUGGAUUUCAUUUGGAAUUUCAUUCAUCUAAGGGAUUUAGAUAUGUGGAUGCAUAUGCCAAGGCUCCCUGAGCACUCUCGAUUCCCUCCCAACCUUUCACGCAUAUCUCUAGGUAAUUGCAUAAUGGAGGAGGACCCACUACCGAUUCUGGAAAAGUUGCUUCAUUUACAGUCUGUUGAAUUAGGCUUCAGCGCUUUCGUGGGGAGGAAAAUGGUGUGUUCAAAAGGUGGAUUCCCUCAAUUACGUGAGCUAUUUUUAAGGAGUCUAAUAGAGUUGGAAGGGUGGGAAAUCGAAGAAGGGUCGGUGCCAUGUCUUCGUACCUUGUCUAUAUGGGCAUGUUACAAGUUGAAGGAGAUACCGGAAGGGCUGAAGUAUAUAAUCUCUUUAAAGGAACUGGAAAUUUCAGGUAUGGACAAGGAGUGGAAUGAGAAAUUGGAAUCAGGUGGGGAAAGUUACUACAAAGUCCAACACAUUCCUAGUGUUCAAUUCAACUACUAAGGAGAAUAAAACGUCUCAGGAACCUACUCAGAAUCAGUACCCACUAUUCAUUGUGUGAUGGGAUAUAUAAGUCGUUUUUGUUAGUGUUGAUGUAUAAAGUUUGCUUCUUGUCUGCGAUAUUCCAUUUAUCUAUUCCAUGCUCACUCGCUGUAAUGCGAAGUUUGAAAUACAUUCUGUAUGUCGAACCAUAUUUUCUUCAAUGUCUCCCUUUUUUGUAUGACAAUGCUUUGAUAGUGAUCAUUGAACAUGUUUUUA